UCUUCAAAGAAGUAGCGGCCAAUAGGCGAGAUACAAAUGCAGACUCCACCUCCAGUUCUGAGGAAGAGGAAGACGGAAGGCCCCAUAAGCAGAGAAAGAAACCACACUUUCACCAGGAGAGCGAUGUUGCAACCCCUACUCCGACACCCACAGACGAGGACAAGUGCCUCUCAUUUGUCAAACGGGACAGUAUAGACGACUCUGAGCAGCCAGCGCUUCGAAUGAGGUCGGGCACUUCUAAACUAGACAGAGUGAACAGCAGACUACAUAACGUCAUGCGAAGAUACACUUCGGCCAUAGUUGCGGACACCUUCGAUUACAGCCGAGACUGGAGAGAGUACCACGGAAUAGACCAGGAGCACCCCCAGCAGCAGUACCCCACCGCCAUGCCCCGCUACUCCGCCGGCUCCAUCGGCACCAUUUACUCAGAGUAUGGAUCAGCUGCAUCAAUGCCCAGUUCCAGUGUGAGGUUCACCCAUACCAUGUCCAUGCGCAAAAGCACAAAGAGAUCCUUUGUUGCGGACACCAUGUUUCCCAGACUGCACUGUUUCGUGGAGGAGGAGAUUUUGCUGCUAGCCUGCUCCAGCCAGGUCAACCUGAGCUGUCCAAUUCACUGGGAGUUCGCGAUUGACGAAGUCGCUCCUAAUUUUCUCUUCAUUGACCUUCCACCAGACAAAGUCCUGCCAAGUAAUUUGGUCGAGCUCGAGAGGUAUCUCGGCCAGGGGUGUUUCGGCGCCGUGUUCAGCGGUUACAUCUCGGACCCCUCAGGGAGAGUGGAGGAACGGAUCCCGGUUGCACAUAAAGUUUAUCAGCCAAUCAACGUCGAAGAGAGGUUCCAGGCACCUAUAGGCGAUAAAGACGCUAUUGUUAGUAAUCAGAAACUCUGGAUGUUUGACCCCUCGUUCAAAAUUGCUGAAGCGUACGUGGAACUUCGAAAAGAAGCAUCGGUUUUAAUGGAACUGCAACAUCCAUACAUUGUUUCCUUCUACGGAGCUAGCUUGUCGCCCAUUGCUCUAAUUCUGGAUGUUGCACCAAUGGGUGACUUAGCUGGUCAACUGGAGAUUUUCAGGAGCGAAAACUCUUUGCUACCACCUCCUGUUGUUAAAGACAUCAUCUUUCAACUAGCAAGUGCACUUUCCUAUUUACAUGAGCACUCGUACGUCCAUCGUGAUUUAAAGCCAGCGAAUGUUUUGGUCUGGAGCUUUCCGGCACCUCAUCGAAUGAUGCGGGAUCUACCUCUUAAAAACACCUGUUUGGUCAGACUCAGUGAUUACGGAAUGACACAAAAAGAAAUUGGCGAGCAGAUGUUGGGGAGACCAGGAACUCCCCAGUACAUGGCUCCUGAGAUCCUCCAAGACGAAGGACGCGAGAUUUUCAACAAUAAAAUCGACAUUUACUCUCUCGGAAUGAUUAUUUAUGACUGUAUAUGUCUAACUCCACCUUGGUUGUCGGUUAGUUUGUUCGAUUUCCGAACCAUGGUUGCCGAAAAUAAGAGACCAAUGACAACUACUGCAGCUAAGCAGAGUCCAAUGGCGUUCCUGGAGCUCCUUUGCUUUUGCACUCUUCCAAAUCCCAAAGAGAGACCCAACGCUUUGGACCUUGUCGAUAUACUACAGGAGCAGGAAAUGUGCAAGCUAAUCGAAAGUAUCGAAAUUAAAACGCCUCCGUUUUUCAAAGUUGCCAAUAUGGGAUUGUCGUUAGUAAGCGGUGACAACUCGCCUCAAGCUAUGAACACUAUAGCUCUUUUUACAGUUAACGAUGUCAGAGCUGACAACAAGUGUAAGAGUUCUGAAACAAGUAUCAACGAGACCCAGGCGGUUGAAGUUACACUACUGUUCUACAAAGACAUAUUGCGAGAAACAACUCGGAUGUCCUUGAGCUUCAGUGAAAUCUGCGAUGAUGGUGAAGCUCUGACUUGUAUCUGCUGUGUCUAUAAGACACUUUGGUUAGGUACCGAUAAUGGAAGCUUGAUUGUUCUACAAAUAACAGAUGGAAAGUUAGAAGAACGAGCGCGCAACUUCUUGGAGAGACCUGUUCACGACAUUUAUCACAUAGUUCACGAGGGAAUUAAUGGACACUUUUCAUGCGUGGCUGUGGUUAAUGAAGGUGGUGUUAUUAACUUGUACAACCAUCACUGGGAAAUAAACAAAGAUGCAGAUCGAACUGACAUGACCCCUAUUCGAAUAGGGACCCUGGAAGACACUGGAUUCAGCAACAUUUACGGGCUCUGUUUUGUAACUGGUCGAAAUGAUAGCGAUCACUUCUAUAAAAUUUCGACAUCGUCACCUGUCCCUGAUAGCCCAAUAUCACCAAAAUCAGAUCCCAGCAAAAUGUUGCAGAUUCCGCACAAUCUGGAGCUAUGGAUUUCGGGCGACAAAAGCCAACUGAAAAGGUUUAAAGUGCAGAAAAAGACAGCCAGUUUGGCAUGUAAAAGUGAUGGGAUGCUGUUGAAGUUCCAGCCCAUCUACCCCGCAUUGAAGCAUGACGACCAGAAUAUUUUCGAAGGUCGUCUCAAGGUGAAGAAACUCCUCACAUUGGACAGUUGCAGAAGGGUGUGGUCGGCUGGAGCGAAAAACCGUCACGUCUAUAUGUGGAACGUGGAAACUCUUCAAAUGCAAACAAUUGCGUGCAAAGUUGAAAAACAAUCUGAGGAAAUGCGGUUCCGAGCCCUUUCUUCGGGAGAUGAAAGAGUGUCUGCCCAGAGCUCCAGCAGUAACUCAUUGGCACAAGAAUCAAUAGUGCAAGUUGCAGAUAUUCAAAAGCUGAACGAAUGUAUUUACGUGGGCUUGAACGUUGGAUACGUUCUUGUUUACAAUGGAACAACAGGCGAUAAGGUCAACCAAAUCCAUUGUUAUGUAGAAGACGUCUACAGGAUACUUGCUGUGGAACCAAUCAUAGCUCCUCCCAGGUGCCAAGUGAUGGAGCAUUACCAGGCAAUGUUCCACAAGAAGGAUCCGAGGUUCUUGACUUUCGGAAGAGGUCACUACAGUUUAGUGGAGCAGAGAUUGUCGUGCAAAAUGGCGACUGAGGCGACAAACAGACGCGGGCGGGCACACACGUAUGAUUCAAUGUUCGCAGCUUCUCGCGACAUUGUCAUUAAGCUUUGGAACCAGUACGGGGAGGAACUGAACAAAAUAAAAACGCGCAAGCCAAAGCUGGUUAAACAGGAAACAGUGACGAAUGAAAAGCGGCGAACGACAUUCUGCGGCGGCGAAAGAAACGAGCAAAAGGUAGCAGCACCGAAUGCCGUCUCUGAGAUGUGCAUGAAAGCAGUACUGAUCCCGAAGGAGUUGCAGGAAUCCACUUCUGAGUUAUCCCAAGCCGACCUGAACAAAUUCAUGAACAUUCUUCGUUUUGACGAAGCAGCGGUUGAAAACCUUGCCAACGCCACGCCUUCUGACGAUGACAAGGGAAAUGACGAAAUGGAUUCACAACCAGAAGAGAAUAGUAAGCGACCAUUGAAACGACCUUCGCUUCUGGGAACUUUUUCGCGCAAGAAACCAAGAAGCCAGUUAGAUGCUAUCAUUGAGAACCCAGAGCCAAAACGGGUGCUAGUAGACGUCAAGGAGUCAGGCUUUGCCUGCUAUAGAUUCUCAUUGACUGUUAAAGGUCAGAUAGUGGAGUUCAGCAACGGAGUCUCAGUCAGUUUCAAACCUUUUUCGUGCGAGACUUCAGCGCACCAAACUGUUCUCAUUAUUGUGAACAGUCCUGACAACGAACAGUUAAAAAGACACUUUCCAAAGUGCAGCAGUUCUCCGAUAGUUAAUAUCAUAAGUGAAAUCAAAAAAGAAUUCAAAAGACCCGUGGCCGUUUCGUUUCCCGGAAUACACGGAGAAAUUUUCAGUCAGAAAGUAUACACUGGCUUCGAUUUAGCUCCCGAUUGUUUAUUUCCGGUGGAAAAGCUAGAACGCGUGACAGCAAACAGCAGAGCUAUAGAGUACCAAGCCAGUCAGUUCUUCAUGCCAAUUUGUGUCGUUUCGUCCGCAACUUCUGCUAGCCUACCUGGCUUCGUUAAUCUGAAUAACUUAUUCCCACAAGAGUUACGAAUGUUCCUCGUAUUGUAUAAGGAAAACGUGGGUCACGAAAGGUCCUUGCACUUCAGCUGUCUGCCAGCGAAUCGUUUUCUGAAUGUUGUAAAGAUGCUCCCAGUUGCCGAUGUGCAAGUUCACGGAGUUCAAAUACAGACCAAAGUUGGAUCAAAAAUCGAAAUCACAGCAUUCGACCGAACAGUUUAUUUGAACGUACUUGAUAACGAAAUUGUAGUUAUCAAUGACAAUACGGAUCCCAAGUUCCAAGAAUCUCAAAUAUCGUACCAAUUCUCAGUGAUUUGUCCAGUUUUCACGAGAAACUGCACUUACGGGAAACUAUUGGCUAACCGGUCUAUCAACGUGAACUUUGAGACCAUUUUGAGGUCAGUUUCGAGGUCAAUUGCUUCGACCGACUGCAACUGGACAGAGUUUCUGAACAAGGCGAGUUUCGAUGAAAGUGACGUGAAAGUGUUGAUCAACCAUGACAACAAUGAAAUUCUGGAAAAGAUGAGUUUGUUCGCUACUAAAAACGAACUUGUAGAUAUCUUAUCACACCUCGUGGACGAGACGCAAGUGGAUUUGAACAGAGAAAACAUCUAUACAGUGAUCGACCGAGUGAGCUGCUGGCGAACUAUUUCUCGGAGCGAGAUUGUGAGAGCUCUCAAACAGAAUGACAAGUUUAGAAGUGUGUCUUUUUCAGGCCAAAUAACAAACUUUGCUGCCCAAAUUGCUGCCAAGUGUCUGAUAGAAAAGUAUCGAUUCAAUCAACUUCAGCCUGGCUCAUUGUUGGACAUUGCAGUGUAUGCUGAAGAUUUAGCACGUCCCUUCUGGACACACAAAAGGCGACGUAUUAGCUCAGACGCCUCAUAAAUCCAAUAGAAUCACUUACGCAAUCAUACCGCCUGCAGAUUCCAUCGAUUAAACAACAAAUAUCUUAACCACUUUUCUCCUAAUGUCAUAUGGAUGAAAAUAAAUUAUUUCAGUUAA